CCAUGAUCACCUCUACAACUUUAAUAGUCCCAUUACUCCACAUGGUUUCAAGCGACUUUCCAAGCCGCCCUUUUUUUCCCCGUUAAAUUUGCUCCAAAAUGAUCCUGAUGACAACCAUAGAUGUAAAUUUAGUCAUGUUUUUGCUGAUCAUACCGUUUUCAGCUCUCCCAGCCAUUACUGUUGCAGACCAUCUUGUUACAUCUUGCUCCGAUAACACAAGCAACUACACUCUCAACAGUCCAUUUGAGAGCAACCUCAAGCAUCUUCUUGAGACCUUGCCUUCCAUCACUUCAUUAACAGGUUUUAACUACACCUCUGUUGGAGAACCCCCUGCCAAGGUCUAUGGCCAAGCACUGUGCAGAGGUGAUGUCAACUCAAGUUCUUGUCAGGCUUGUGUGGAGAAGGCAAGCCAAGAAAUCUUUAAUGAUUGUAGAAAUUAUAAAGAUGCAAUCAUAUGGUAUGAACUUUGCCAAGUUCACUACUCGUUUCAGAAUAUGACUUCCUUGUAUGUUUAUACAGGGAAGUAUCCAGACUGCGAUUCUCAGGCGAAAUUUCUAUCAGAUCCAAAACAGUUCUCUGAUGUUCUAAUCUACUUAAUGACUAAACUGUCAACUGAGGCCGCUGUCAAUCCUUCCAAGCACAUGUUUGCAACUGGGUCAAUCAAAUUUAGAAGGGAAACCGUAUAUGCUCAUGCACAGUGCACACGAGAUAUCAUAGCAGAUGAUUGUCAAACAUGUUUGACAACUGCUUUGGCUGAACUCAAAGGAUGCUGUUCGUCACGGCAAGGUGGAAUUAUUGUUAGCAGGAAUUGCCAUGUGAGAUUUGAGCUGUACAAAUAUUACAAUGCCUCGAGUUACUUGUUAACAUAUCCGAAUCCUAAAGGAAGUAAUUGGAAGAUUGGGAUAGUGGCAUUUGCUGCAUGUGCUCCUGUAGUGGUGAUUGUAAUUGUCAUUGGGUCUUGCAUUGUAUGUCUGCUGAAAGAAAGACGACAACAAAGAGGCGUGGAAAGAAGUCACCUAGCAUUACUACAGGAAUUGGCCUGUCCAAGAGGGGUCACAAUGACAGAUGAAGGUCAGUUGGUAAGUUCUGAGGACCUGCCUUUCAUGGACUUGACUACUAUCAGAGCAGCUACAGACAACUUCUCCGAUUCAAAUAAGCUUGGACAAGGUGGGUUUGGCACUGUUUAUAAGGGUGUGUUACCAGAUGGGAAAGAAAUAGCUGUUAAAAGGCUGUCAAGGAAGUCAUGGCAAGGCUUAGAGGAGUUCAAGAAUGAAGUCAAAGUAAUUGCAAAAUUACAGCACCGAAACCUUGUGAGGCUAUUGGGAUGUGGCAUAGAAGGAGAUGAAAAGCUGCUCAUAUAUGAAUUCAUGCAUAACAAAAGCCUUGAUAUCUUUAUCUUUGAUGCCGAAAGACGCGCACUUCUUGAUUGGGAUACAUGUUACAACAUAGCUGGUGGGAUUGCUAGAGGACUUCUUUACCUGCACGAGGAUUCCCGGCUUAGAAUCAUUCACCGGGAUUUGAAACCUAGCAAUGUGCUACUAGACCAUGAAAUGGUUGCCAAGAUAUCAGACUUUGGCAUGGCUAGAAUUUUCUGCGAAAACCAGAACAAAGCUAACACUAGAAGAGUAGUAGGAACAUUCGGGUAUAUGGCUCCGGAGUACGCAAUGGGAGGGCUCUUCUCAGUGAAAUCAGAUGUCUUCAGCUUUGGUGUUAUACUACUGGAGAUCACAAGUGGAAAAAGAAGUAGUGGCUUUUAUCUCUCAGAACAUGGCCAGACACUCUUAGCAUAUGUUUGUACAAUACAUCGCUGCCAUCAAAAUUUCCAUUCAAAUAAUUUUCAACCUAUCAAAAAGAAUUUGAAGCUUGAAAAUUAUAACUAGGUAC